CUACACAGGAGCCCCGUUCUUCGCGUCGAUGUCAGCUCUGAGGAUGGGCGCAGACCUUUCGCAUGUCAUCUGUUCUCCGACCGCGGCUGGCGCCAUCAAGUCGUAUUCGCCUGACCUCAUCGUACACCCGAUUUUGCGGGAAGACCAGUCGGAGAAGGAAGUAAAGCCCGCUCUGGAGAGUCUUCUGUCACGCUUGCAUGCCCUCAUUGUUGGACCAGGCCUUGGGCGUGAACCUUACAUGCAAAAUUUCGCUAAGCUGGCUGUGAACAUGGCAAAGGACAAGGGUAUGUUCUUGGUGUUGGAUGCGGACGCGCUGCUCUUCGUCGGCCAGGACACCGCUCUCAUCAAGGGUUAUCGGCGAGCCAUUCUCACGCCAAACGUGGUAGAAUUCAAGAGACUGAGUGAACAGCUGAACAUAGACCCCAAGGCGCCGUCGAACGAGCUUGCCAUGCGGGUAUCCCGUGCUUUAAGCGGCGUCACCAUUUUGCAGAAGGGCAAGGAAGACAUUAUUGCGACCAACACUGGAGGCGCAUCUGCGGAAGAUGCUCGCGAGAGCAAGGUCGACCCGUCGGAGAACACGGAGGAGCAGAUCGUCGUUGAUGUCUCUGGCGGCAUGAAGCGCUGUGGCGGACAAGGCGACAUCUUGUCAGGGACGAUCGGGACCGUUCUGGCGUGGGGAAAGUGCUUCGAGGACGGUGCAUUCGGGGAUGGCUCUGUUCCUUCAUCGCGCAUCCCUCUCCUUGCCGCGACUGCAGGGUCGAUGGUCACUCGCACCUCAUCUAAGCACGCGUUCUCGAAGCAGGGCAGAGGUGUAGUUACUCAAGAUAUGCUACCAGAGGUUGGGCAUGCUUUUGCUGAGGUAUUUGGCAACGAGGGAGAGAAAGGAUGGGGAUCCACUCAAGGGGGAAAGCUCUAAGUAGAACCGGAGCAAGAAAUAAACGUGUACACCAUGUCCAGUACAGUAG